AUGAUCACGUUGGAAGUUCAUGCAGAGCAACGAGAGUUUGUGGAAAGGAUCGCUGUCAAAAAACACACCAUGAAUAUUGUGCAUACAACGUUCAACUGGAACGAUUCCAGCCGAAAACAGUUAGAGAAAAAACAAUAUAUCUACCAACCAAAAGCUUUCAAAAAGUUGCUAGAACUACUUGCAGCGCCACCCAAACAGACGUCAAAGUGGAGCCUAGAAAAGAUUAUAACCAAGGUGGCAACAACAUUCGGUCCCACACAACAAGAAAACAACAAACAUCUGAAAAUCGGAAAGAAUUUAGAGCAUUACGAACAGUAG